AUGGAUAACUCGGUGGACACGAGUGCCGGGGCGACUGGGGCACUGAGCCUGCCCCUCCCCGUGUUCGAGUACGCCGAACCACGGCGUUUCUUCAAGCAGUUUCGGCGUUAUGCGAGCUUGAAAAACCUGUCGGGCGUGGUGGCCCUGGACUUGAUCUGUUAUGCCCUUGGCUCGUGCAGGCGGGCGGCCUGGGUGGCCGACCGGGUUGAGGCAGAAGUACAGGCUGCUGAACGGGAUGCUACAGUCAGUGCUGCUGAACAAAAGGUGCUGCAUCUCCUGACGCCGGAGGUGAUGAAGGGGCAGAUCCUUCAAGGGCUGGACCAGCGUCGUCUGCAGCCAGGCGAGACUCCGCGGGAGUACGUAGAGGCGCUGAAGAGUCAGAUUCAGCAGGUCAUGCCAGAGCUGACAGCCGAGUCUCUGGACCGCAUGACCAUCGUACAGGCGAUUAAGGGUGCGCCAGAGGUCUGGUCGCACAAGCUGGGAGAGGGCGACCUGUCCUCGCUGGACCAGCUGGUGACUCACAUGACUCUGCUCCAUGGCAAGCAGAGGUCAGCAGCGAGGCGCUGCCAGGAGACUGGAAGAUCUGUGAGUCGAAAGUGUUAUUCGUGUGGCCAGAUGGGACAUAUUGCCAAACAGUGCAAAGGAGGGAGCCGGUCAGGCGGCUCGAAGGGCAUCAAGUGCUAUAAGUGCGGAGGUGUGGGGCACAUCAGUCGAUACUGUGCCAGUGGUGGUAACCGAGGUGGUGCCAUGGGGAGUGCCAGUGGUGGCACCAGUGGUGGUGCUGGCACCAGUGGUGCAGGACCAGGAGCUGUGACGGCCAACAGGCGAGUGGUUGUCGGUUCGACGUUGAAGCUGGACGUGACGGUGAAUGGACGGCUAGUGCAGGAUGCAGUCGUGGACAGCGGCAGCGAGCGGACGCUUCUGUCGCGAUCGACGGCCGACAGGUGUCAGCUGCAGCUGCGACACAGCCGAAAGGCUGUGGUGGGAGCUGGACAGGAAAGUCUCCAUGUUCACGGAGCUGCAGAUGUGGUUCUGCAUGUGCCGGGCACUGCAGGUGAGGUGACCAUGGAGGUCCUGGUCGCCGAGUGCAGUGACUGUGUGCUACUCGGCACAGACUUUCUAAAGGCGGCUGAAGUGGCUGUCAACUUCAGUACCGGUGUGCUCUCAUGUUUUGGACAGGAGGUUAGAGAGCCGGCCGCCACCGUGUGCCGGUGUGUGGUGACAGAUGGUGCGGUGGAGGACUUCGAGGACAGUCUGGACGAGGAGGUGAUGCCGUUCCUGGACCAGGUGAAGACACAGGCUGACCUGUCUCACCUGUCAACAGUGGAUCAGGAGAAGCUGAAAGCGGUGCUGGACCAGUCGGACGUGUUCAGCUCGCCAGGGCAGCUCGGACGAGUCACAGCUGUCGAACAUCGCAUAGAGCUGAUGGAGGAGCCGCGGAAAAAGAAGCCGUACCCGAUUCCGCCGGCUCUGCGAGAGACUGCCAACCAGCAGAUCGCGGACAUGCUGUCAAUGGGCGUGAUACGGGAGUGUGCCAGCCCGUACGCGAGCCCGGUGCUUCUUGUAAAGAAGAAGGGAAGCAAGAGCUUUCGAGUAUGUACUGACUUCAGGGAGCUGAACCGCUGCACCGUGAAAGACUCUUUUCCUCUACCUAGGAUAGAGUCGCUGCUGGCGUCGAUCGGUCCCAAAUGCCGUGUCUUCUCGCAGCUCGAUCAGAAGGCUGCGUACUGGCAAGUGAAACUGGACGAAUCGGCACAAGAGAAGACAGCCUUCGUCACCGAUCAGGGGCAAUUCUGCUACCAAGUCCUGGCCUUUGGUAUGUGCAAUGGACCGGCAACGUACCAGCGGAUGAUGACGACGGUGCUGAAGGACCUGCUGCACCAGUCAGUGGUCGUGUAUCUGGACGACGUACUCAUCUUCACGGAGACUCUAGAGCAGCAUGUCGCUGUUCUGAGGGAGGUGUUCGAGCGGCUCGAGCGGAACGGGAUCCGCCGGAACUCCCAUCCGUCCGCCAACUGCUGUUAG